AUGUCUUUGGAUAACGUUCCCGAGGAAAAAGUACCGAGUGCGGGAUUAGUGGCGGUGGUGACUGGGGCAAACAGCGGAGUCGGCUAUGAAAUUGCUAAAGGACUGAACAUGGCAAAGGUCAAGGUUUACAUGCUAUGUCGAGAUGAAGGUCGUGCCUCUACUGCAAAAGCUAGCUUGGUAGAGGCGGGAUGCGAUGCAGAUCGGCUUACUAUUUUGCAAUGUGAUCUCUCAAAUUUCAACAGUAUUCGUACGUGUGUCAAAGAACUGUUGAUGAUGGAGGACAAGAUCGACAUUCUCAUCAACAAUGCAUCAGUGAUGUUUCUCCCGAACUACGAGAGGACAGUCGAUGGACAUGAAUUGACUUGGCAGUGUAAUUACCUAGGACCGUUUCUUCUAACACAUCUGCUUCUACCAGGUUUGGCCAAAGCUCAUGCAGCGAGGAUCAUAUUCGUAGCCUCAGUAAUGCAUCGGUUGAGCGAUCCGCUAAACCUUGCUACUAUCGACGGCGAACAAAGUUUCGGACGCAUCGAUCCAUAUAAUCGCAGCAAAUUGGCUAUCAUUAUGUUGGCACGUGAGCUGAGCAAACGCCUACAGGAAAAGGGCAUUCCUCAAAUCACUGUGAAUUCUCUUCAUCCAGGCGUAGUAAACAGUAACGCAUAUCGCAAUACAAUAUUGUUUUCUACGCCUCUACGACAGAUUUCCUAUCCAUUCAGGUGGCUUUUCUUCAAAAGUCCUUGGAGUGGUGCACGAACCCCUUUGUACCUGGCUUUGAGCAAGCAAGUAGAAGGAAUAAGCGGAGGCUAUUUUGCCGAUUGCAAGGUGUCCAGAGUAAGCAGAUAUGCGCUAGACGACAAUGCCUGCAAGGAGUUAUACGAGUACAGUAUGCAGCAAUGUGGAAUUCUCGAAUAG